AUGAAAAGUGUUAAUAGUCAAACUAUUAGCAAUCUACUAAAAGUAUCUAAGGUCAUGACUACUACCAAAGCAACAUCUACAACAACACUGGUUUCCACAAGUGUAGCCACCGAUUCAGCCUUCGUGAAAACGAAAUUAACAGGGCGCCAGUUAUACAAUGCAAUAGGUCAACCAAAAACUAUUGUUGCUCCCAUGGUUGACCAAUCUGAAUUGGCAUGGAGAAUAUUAUCUCGUCGUUAUGGUGCUCAAUUAUGCUAUACGCCAAUGUUCCAUGCCAAACUAUUUGCUACACAAGAAAAGUAUCGUAAUUCCAUGUGGACCACUAAUUUGGAUGGGAAUAAAGAUUUAGAUCGACCUUUGAUUGUACAGUUUUGUGCUAAUGAUCCAGACUAUUUAUUACAGGCGGCAAAAUUGAUUGAAAAUGAAUGUGAUGCUAUAGAUUUAAAUUUGGGAUGUCCUCAAGGGAUUGCUAGAAAGGGGAAGUAUGGUGCAUUCUUAAUGGAUGAUUGGGAUUUAGUUUAUAAAUUGAUUAAAAACUUACACGACAAUUUGUCUAUCCCUGUGACAGCAAAGAUUCGUAUUUAUGAUGAUUAUGAGAAAUCGUUAAAGUAUGCUAAAAUGGUGUUAGAUGCUGGUGCUCAAUUUAUUACUGUACAUGGCAGAACCAGAGAAAUGAAAGGUCAAGCUACAGGAUUGGCCAAUUGGAAAAUUUUGAAAUACUUGCGUGAUAAUUUACCACAAGAUCAAGUGUUUUUCAGCAACGGCAAUAUCUUGUACCCAUCGGAUAUACAACGGUGCCAAUCAGAAACUGCAUGUGAUGCCGUGAUGUCCGCUGAAGGAAACCUAUAUAACCCAGGUGUAUUUUGGACGUUGGAUGAUAACAAGGAUAAACAAUUUCCUCGAGUAGAUAAAAUCCUUCGAGAAUAUUUUGAAAUUGUCAAAGAGAAUUAUGAUAGUCUUGCGUCAAGACACGCCAUGAAAUCACAUUUUUUCAAAUUACUUCAUGCAUUCCUAGAAGUCCAUAAAGAGUUACGUCCUAUUAUUGGAAAAGCAAAUGUUAAUGGUCCUUUGGAUCAAUGGGAACUGAUUGUUGUCAAAAUUGAAUCAUUGGUUCAAGAAAUCUAUAGCAACAACCCUGACAUUGAAAAGCUAGAUGUCAUUACCAAUGGACCUAUUGAAGAUUGGGGUGGUCACUAUAAAACUGUACCGUAUUGGAGGUGUCAACCAUAUUUUAGAAAAGUUGAUGGUGUCAAACAAAACACCGCCCUUUUGAAAAUGGCUGGAGAAAAUGAAUUGAUUAAAUCAAUUCCUCAAGCAAAUAACAAGAGACAACUAGAGGAUGAAUCCAAUGAUGAUGAGGGCCAUAGUAAACUCAAAAAGCAAGCAACACUAGUUCAAAAUUAG